CAGUUGGACUCGUCCUCCCUCUAAACUCCAGCCAACCAAUCGGGAAACGACUUCCCAUCGCUUUCCCCUUCCCCCCGCCCGCAUGCUGGGCGCCGUCCUCCGCGGCCCGGCCUCUCCGAUCCCGCCUCUCUUCCCCGCGCCGGGGCGCCCUCUCAUCCACCUAUCCCGCCGCCUCCCUACGGCGCCCACCAUGGCCGACGCCAAGAAGACCGACGCGCCGGCGACCCCGGCCCCGGAGCCGCCCGAGAAGCCGCUCCCCGGCGACUGCUGCGGCAGCGGCUGCGUCCGCUGCGUCUGGGACAUCUACUACGACGAGCUCCAGGACUACCAGAAGGCCCUCGCCGCUCACUCCUCCGCCGCUGAUCCCAGCGGCGACAAGGCCUCCGCCGACGAGAAGAAGAUCAAAUCGUGAGACCCCAGGAUUCAGGACCCGUAUGUGUAUGCUUUGACCUCUCCUGUUCACAAAUUGGAUUCUUGGUCGUGUAAGAUAUGUCAGCAUUACUCACAGCAUUACAGCUAAACAUCCAUUGUAUUCUCACCGUGUAUGCUGCAAUUUGUACUUGCUGCUCAUCAUUCUUUGUGUGACCAAAGAUGCCCCUGAUUAUGAAUACAAGUUCCUUUCUGCAGCAGUUCAAUUCAUGUUUA